AGAGACGAUCUGUGAGCUCCACCAUCAUCAGCUGUCACACGUUUCAACGUCUUCUUCAUCCCUCGUUCACUUUCAGCUGCGGGUUCGAUCCCGGAUCCGGACGUGGUGCGGAUUCAGUCCGAGUUUAGAGCCUCUGACCCGGACUGUUCUCCAGCUGCGUCCCGCUCUCAGCUCCAGAUGUGACGGUGGAUUAAAGGUGGGACGGAGGUCAGAGGUCGAGCAGCAGCAGAAUGUGGACGAGCAGGAAGUUUGAGUAAAUCAUGAGUCGCUGCAGUCUGUGGUUCUACUCCAUGUGAAUGAACCAUGACACAGGAGUGCUAUCAAAGGUCAACUCAGUGUGAGCUGACAGCGCCCCCUGCAGGCUGUGUGCCACAGGAGAUCCGUCCAGUCAAAGGAUUCACGUAUUUAAACCGACCACAGCUCAUCGGCCUCGUAUGGUUUUUAGUAACGUCUGCUCUUCUGAUAAAACCAAGUCUCUGUCUUCAUUACUGCCCCUGAGGCUGGAGAGCAGAAGACACUCACUAGUACUAGACAGUUACCAGAUAUCAGGACCAGGACCAGGACCAGAACCAGAAGCAGAACCAGGACCAGGAUCUAAUCUGGAUUCAGGUGUGAAGGGGCUUUAGUUUCUGACUGAAACUGUCUGCAGGCUCCAGGAUGAUGCAGCUGUUGCCAUGGUGCCGUCCUCCAGUGAGGAUGAUUCAGAGCUGCUGGUUUUCAGUCCUUCACUCAUCUGCUCAGAGACCAAGGCCGAUGUCCAAGUGAAGGUCCAGCAGUGAAGCAUGAUGGGAGGUGGCAGAUGGACGAGCUGGUCGUGGGCCGAGUGACUGACACACAGACCAUGGACCAAGACUUCAGUUUGAAUACACUGAAGAAGCUGGCAGCAGAACCAGACUACACUGACGUGUCGCUGACGGCGGCGGAGCGUGUUCGAGCGCUUGGGAAGAUGGGAUUCCGUGUGGAGAUCAACGAGGACAUUACACCACGACGCUACCUCCGCUCCGGUGUGGAGAUGGAGCGCAUGGCGGCGGUGUACCUGGAGGAAGGCAGUCUGGAGAACGCCUACGUUCUCUAUACCAAGUUUAUCACUCUGUUCGUAGAGAAGCUGCCGAGUCACAGAGAUUACCAGCAGUGCAGCAUUCCAGAGAAACAGAUCAUCAUGAAGAAACUUCAGGAAGUGGCAUUCCCUCGUAAAGACGAGUUGAAGAAACGUCUUCAGGAGAAAUACGGCAGGGAACACAGCGAGUACCUCAGAUCCCAGAGCCAGCCGGUGGUGUUGGAUGGGUGUGGCCAGCAGCUGCAAUGCCUCUCCCUAUUGGACGAGGACAGGAGGCGGCGGCUGCUGCUGGAGGGGGAGAGGCAGCGUGUCGCCGCCUUGCGACGGAUGCAGAUCGAAUCAGAACAGUUUCGUUACUUCGAAGACCAGCUGAGGCGUCAGGAACUGGCCAAUAGCAGAGAGGAGGCGACACCAAAGGUGGAGACCAAAGUGCUUGAGGUGACUGACAGCACUCGUCUAUCUCGGCAACCAAUCAGUGAUGCUGUACGAUCCCAGGGGGCGGAUCCAAACAGAAACAGACCUGCUCCUAUCAGCGAACCAGCUGCCACGUUGGCUGGAGUACAUUCUCAGAAGGUGGAAGGUCUGAGGCGGGUUGUGAUUCCCAGAGAUCUGACGUAUCGUUUCCUCCUGUUGGCUGAUUCCAACACGGCCAGAGGAAUAGAGACGUGUGGAGUUCUGUGUGGACGACUGACACACAAUGAGUUUGUGCUGACUCACGUCGUGAUCCCCAAACAGUCGGCCGGUCCAGAUUUCUGCGACAUGGAGAAUGUGGAGGAACUGUUCAGCUUCCAGGACCAACAGAGCCUGCUGACGCUGGGCUGGAUCCAUACUCAUCCCACUCAGACAGCCUUCCUGUCCAGCGUCGACCUCCACACUCACUGCUCAUACCAGCUGAUGCUGCCGGAGGCCGUCGCCAUCGUGUGCGCUCCCAAACACAACGACACUGGCGUGUUCCAGCUCACCGCUCCGGGGAUGUCCGAGGUGUGCGGCUGCAGACUGAAAGGUUUCCACCCUCACUCCAAGGAGCCGCCUCUCUUCACUGUGUGUAAACAUGUGGUGGUGAGAGAGUCAAAGAUCAGCCUGCUGGACCUCAGGUGACAGACAGGAGGCGCUGUGAGCUCUGCGUGUCUGAAACCAUCCACAUAUUGGUUUUUUGAUUUGAAGUCAUCACACAAACACAAACACACACACACACAUACACACACAUACCUGCUGUGAGUGUGUGAAACUGUUUUUAAUAAAACAUUGAGAAUUAAAA